AUGUCUCAACUCUGGAGCAAACCGACCACACACCUCUGGACCAAGCCCAGCACCCCACCCCCAAUUGACACCGACAACCCCGCGAGCCCUCCCGCACACCUACGCUCGCCCAUCGACCAUCCGCUUCACCACCCCAAUCAGCUGUCCCCCACCUCCUCUCGACAGCGCAACCCCGGCCGGCGCAUCGCGCAGAUUGUGAAGCUGAAACCCGAGUUUGUGGACAAGUACAAAGAAUGUCACGCGGCAGUGUGGCCCGAGGUGCUUAAGCAGAUCCGCGAGUGCAACAUUGUCGACUACAGCAUUUUUCACGAUGAAGGGACGGGGAUCCUGUUUGCUACCAUGAAGUAUAUCGGGUACGACUAUGCGGGGGAUAUGGAGCGCAUGACAGAGAAUCCGAAGGUGAGGGAGUGGUGGGCUAUGACGGAUGGAUAUCAGGAGAGUUUGGUGCCGGGUGCGAAAAGCAGUGAGGCUGGUACACCGUCUUGGUGGAAGGGGCUUGAGGAGGUGUUUUACACGCCGUAA